AUGUCGUGGAUUGUGGAGCAAAGUGACAACACAUCUGCUGUUCAUGUAAAUGGCAACACUAUAACAUGUACGAAAGAUGGUUACUAUGAUAGCCCAAUCAAUAUUAUGUAUAAUGAUCCAGCUGAUCAUAAUGGGCAAUACUUUUGGGAACUGAAAUUUAUCGAAUCAGCGACAGAAGGUGGCAGCUCAGCAGUCGGAAAUCUAUCGGAUGGCAGUGGUCUUCUAGUACAGUCUUUUGGUAAUCAAAUUAAACAAGGCGAUAAAGUUUACAUAUUAUUAGAAUUGACUGAGUCAGACAUGAAAAUGUACUUAUUUCACAAUGAACGAUCAUUAGGUCUGGCAUUUCAUGUACAAUCACCAUAUCCGAAACCAUUGUAUCCAGUCGUGAGUUUCAGCGGCAAUGGUAAAGUAACAAUCACUCGUUCCGAUCAAAAACAUGGUUCACUAGAACGUGCAUCAUCACAAUAUAAUAGUGUAGAAGGCAAAUGGAAAGUCCUUGAUUUUCCUCAACAUCCUGAAUGUAUCGGUUGUGAGUUCAAAGUACAACGCCAUGAACACAUUGAAAAUAUGUACGUCCUUUUUGCAAAUGUUGUCAACAUGUUACAUUGUAAUUUGGAGCACAAUCCUACGACUAAUGAAUGGAAAUCUGCUGAUGUUAUGUCAACACUCAUGGCUGGUCCAUCGGAACUAAUGAAAGAAGAACAGGUGAUUAGUAAUUUUCUAUCCGAAAUACAAAAUGUACAUGUAGAAGAUCAGCAAAUUUUAAUCAUGCGAUCAAAGAAUGGAGUUGAAAUUAAAUUGGAACGUUGUACAGAAUGGGCACCGUCUCCUGUGACAGAGAACAUAUUCACUUAA